AUGCACUAUGCUGAAAUGCCACAGGACGUCUCUUGUGACAGUUUGUCGGCUUACAGAGCCGUAGAGAAAACAUAUCAAAACGGGGAUUGUUCCGAACUCCGAUUGGAACUCCAAUUACCCGAAGAUGCUUACGUCAAAAAGAAAGGAUUCAACAAAACGGUGGAAAAAUCACCGGAAAAAGGAAACGCUUUUCACGCGGCUAAAAACAUCGUAACGAGACAUUCAUUUAGAAAUGGCGAAAACGGUUCGAAUUUUCAAUCUGGUGAAAAUCGGAAGAAAAUCUCGGCUCCGGCCGUUUUCUGCGGUUAUUCGAAAGUUAAUUUCGACGACGAAAAGUCUCCAGUUCCUUCUCGUAGCAAAUCUCAGAGUCUUCCGACGUCAGCACUGGGAAUCGAUUCGUACGAUCUCAUCGUCACGGACAUUCUUCGCGUGUCACCCGAAGACUUUGCCACUCAAAUAACGCUCCUCGAUCUUCCCGCGUUCAGAGGCAUAACUUUGGAAGAAUUACAGGGAUGCGGUUGGAAUAAGAAGAACAAACUCGUCGUCGCACCGAACGUCGUCGCUUUCACCCGACGAUUCAAUCACAUUAGCUUUUGGACGGUUCAAGAAGUGUUGAACGCGUCCGCUCUCAAACGGAGAACGGAAGUACUCGUUCACUUUAUAAAAAUUGCUAAAAAACUCUACGAGUUGAACAAUCUUCAUUCGCUAUUCGCGAUAUUGUCCGCUCUUCAAUGUGCGUCCAUAUACAGGUUGAGCAAAACAUGGAGUCACAUAUCGAAAAAGGAUAAGCAAUCGUUUGAUAAAUUGCUUGACGUAUUUGCAGAUGCCAACAAUUGGCAAAACCUUCGGGAACAUUUGGAUUCGCUUAAACUUCCUUGCAUUCCUUAUUUGGGUUUAUUUCUAACCGAUCUCGUGUACAUCGACAUGGCGCAUCCUCAAUCCGGCGGCCUAGAAUCCGAACAACGACGAAUCAAAAUGAACAACGUUUUGAGAGUCAUAUCGAAUUUUCAAGAAUCGAAUUACAAUCAUUUGAAUCCGAUACCACACGUUCAACGGUAUUUGAAUUCGAUUCGAUAUAUCGAAGAACUACAGAAAUUCGUCGAGGACGAUCAGUACAAAUUGUCUCUCAGAUUGGAACCUCCGUCGUCGGCGCCGAGUUCUUCGAGUUCUAAAGAAUCCGUGAGCGAAACGGUUGCAUCUCUAAACCUGUCGCCGGCCAAAGGUGGUCUCAGUUCAGGUUCCCUAAGACUUCAAGCCGCUUUAACCAACGGUAACAAAUUCGUACCGGGUCAUAGAAAAUGUCGGAGUCUCGGAACGAAAUUUCGUAGUACAAGCCUUCCACGUAAUUUAUAUAAUCACAUGUUGGGCGGCUGUCAUCAAAGUCGAUCCCACGGAGCCAUGGGAGCAAACAAACAAACAAACGGUCGUGACAUUUUCAACAAAUGCGUUCAGGUGACUCCCUGCGAACAAGAUCGCAUGUAUACAAUUCCACGGCACCUUUUAGACGAUUCAGUUUUAGAAGAACAACAACAGUGCACGAAUUUAAGACUGAACGAUUCGAUGAUAAAAAAUGGCGGAGAUGGUUCCACGUUAACGAUAAAUUCGGACGAGUUGAGCGACGAAUUAUCAAACGAUUGUCUCAUGCAAGGAUGCCUGAGGAGGAAAACGAUACUCAAAGAUGGUAAGAAACCGGGUGUGACGUCAUGGCAAAGGUAUUGGGUCCAGCUGUGGGGUUCGUCGCUCGUUUUUUUCUCACCCAAAGGAUUCAAAGGAACGGAAAGACACGAUUUCAAAAAGGAACCGUGUAAAAUGAUGGCCAUAUCCGGUUGGACGGUUUGCCCGACGGAAAAUCCACUGCAACCGGAUCUUUUUCAAAUAGCCGAUCUUCAGCGGGGGAACGUUUAUAAAUUUCGUUCCGGUAAUAAAUCGACGGCUUUUCAAUGGUGUAAACAAUUAACGAGGAUCUCGGCUGGCGUAGAGGAAAAACCUUUGCCGGUCAAUUUGAUGUCUUUCGAAUGA